AUGCAAUUCGUCAACGCAUUUUCCAAUCUACAGCUGGACAUUGUUGGAAUUGUCGCCGUUCUCGGCGAAGGGAGCACCGCGCGCAACGCCCAGGCCUCAGCCUUGUCAUGGCACCACAUUCUGCCACGGCUGCUGCCGGCGCCUCAAGCGCUACUCAAGCACGAACAGGAGAAACGGCUGCCGACGCAAAAAGGCACCGUGGUCGGCGCAUACUCGGGCAACAUCCGGUUCGAGCUCAACUUCUUCUCGCAGCUCCUGCACCCGGACAAACUCCGUAAGUUCGAGGUGGAGCUUGUGAGGGUGGAAAAGAAGAAGCCGAAGCCGAAGCCGAAGAACAAACCGAAGAAGAAGAAGACAGACUCAGACGUGGACUCGAACUCCCACUCGGACUCGGACUCUCGAGACAGCGACAGCGCCAGCGCCAGCGACAUGCCGGCGUACGACGUGAAAAAGUUCGGAUAUCUCGCGGCGCUCUCGGUUCUGGGCUGUCUGAUGUCGAUCGUGCUGUUCGGGCUCUCGAUCCACUACGACGACGGAUUCGCGCUGGUGGCGACGGUGUUGCUGUCCUUCACCUCGACCACGGUCGGGUUCGCGUCGUGGUGGAAACUGGACUUUGAAGAAGAGAAGCCCAAGCCCGGGCGCGAGGUGCCCGACGGCGACCUGGUCAUCUACUACCCGCGCCAGGGCGCCUUCCGCGUGGUGCGGUGUGACGAGAUCGUGUCCCGACUGUACUUCAAGGCCGAGCUGUGCGAGACCUUGCUGGACGACGACUGGUACCGCAUCGUCGCCCUGGCCUCGGCCGUUUUCCUGCUGGCCGGCUUGCUGUGUCUGGGGAACUCGCAGCCCAUCAUGCAGAUGGCCUUUGCCGCCAGUUACAUCCUGCUCAAUGUUCUGCACUGGGCCUCGUCCGCGCUCAAUCCGCUGACCCAUCACUGGGAACAUAAUUACGAUCUGGAGCUGUUGAAAGUGAAGCCUCCUAUUCAAGUCGACCCGAAGCGACAGCCCCAGCCACCAACAUCACUACUACAAUCACCACCACAACCUCUUCCACUACCAUUAUCCCCAUCUACCGAUGGAACAGGCCCUCCAUUCCACACGUUCACAACUACUCCUACGAACAAUCCCGUCGGAGUCAUGUUCGCCAGCCCUGUGGCCAGCCCCACAGCCAGCCCCCGACCGUCGACCGAGCCCGGUUCGGCUGGCGCGGCCAACGACAACGAGACCUCCAACGACAACUCCAACGACGCCGCAGUCGACACGCUGCGAAAGCGCGCCGAAGUCAGAUUCCAGCUCAAUCCGCCGGCGCUCCAGCAGAAGGGUGCAACAAACCUAGACGCGGACGCAGACGUCGAAGCCCGCCGGCCAUCCGGGGCCAAACCAUCGCGACGGUUGUCGACGGCCAGCAUGGCGCGGUCAGCAUUCAACCUCGGCCUCGGGCGCAAAGGCACCAGCAGUUCGCAGGUGUCGGUGCGGCCGGAGAUGCCGAAAGAAGUGGCCAACUACACGGCGGCGCUGUGGACGGCGAUCGCGCUGACGGGCAGCGUGCGGUGGCUGAACAAGACCAACAUCGUGCCCGACAACGCCGUGUGGGACGAAUGGGUCGACGAGGCCGGCCGCCGCGCCGCCCCGAAAUGGAGACUGAACCAGCCCCACCACCAGCGCGGCGACAGUCCCGUUCCUACCUGGUACCUCGACUCCGACGGCUGCGUCAACCUGCCCCUGUGGGACUAUCAGGGCAGAUUAGGCCAGCUGUUCAAGGACGCCGACGCCAAGUUGAAGAACAGGCCGGAACUGCCGCGUGCCGUGCAGCACUGGCUCGGCCUGGACAGGCUGUCGGAUAAUGUCAAGUUGAAGUUGCGCACGCAGUUGCAGAAUGCGAGGCAGAGGUUGGCGAAUAGGAGUUCUGAGUGA